UAUGGACUUCAAACAGACCACGUGCCCGAAUCGGCUCUGCCUUGCAAAUUAGAAGAAUUAAAAGAGCGUGUUAGGCGCGAAAUUCGAAAAGAAUUGAAAAUUAAGGAAGGCGCCGAAAAACUACGGGAGGUUGCCACAGAUAGAAGAUCCCUUUCCGAUGUGGCCGGAAUUGUUAAAAAAAGCAACGCACGUCUGGCCGAAUUAAAAUCCGAAUUACUAGAAUUAGAAUCCCAAAUUAUUUUAACGAGAGGCGGAACGACGGCGACCGGUGCUCCAGAAGAUUAUUGCAAUGGCCAAGAAAGUAGCGGCUUGUUUGACGAAAGCGCAUAUGGUUUACUUAUGGCAUUUUGUUAG